CUCAGUAUAUUUCCAUAUAGGCAAGAACGGCUUCUACAACAUGGAAUAGAAAAUGUCAGUAACGACAGAGUCCAAAGAUCAAUCGAUCUCUAUCUGCAAAUAGACAUUUUACAUUGGUUGGAAAACUCAAAAGGAAUGGAAGAAGAAUGGCUGAGAAAGGAAAACUUUUCAGCAUCGGAAUAUAUUUUGGAAAAAAUAUCAAACACUUCGUUGGAACAAUUGUUAGGUCAAGUCACUCAAAACUUUCAACAGCUAUUAACAGAGUUGGUGCAAUAUCUGUGGGAAAAUCGGCAACACCUGGAACAAGUAGUCAAACAAGUCAAACUAUUACAAGAGAAUGGAGUGAAGAUAGAGAAAAAAGUUGCUCAGGUUGAGAGUGAACUAAACGUAGUGGAAAAGGAAGUUGUUAAGGAUUUGAAAAGUACCACGAAUAGUUUGGAAGAAAAAGGAAGAUACACAGAUUUGAAGAUAGCUUUAGAGGCAUUGCAGAGAAAGAAUAGGAUUCUUAGAAAUUCUUGGCGUCUUUUGGAAAGAUUAGAACAAAGCAACUCUCUGCCAGAAGAAGAAGAAACAGAGAACCUGUUAAGGAACCUGGUGUUGGAAAUCGGCAAGGCAAAGAGUAUAGACUAUGAUGGAAGAAUAUUAGAUAAAGCAAUUGUAGAGCAAAUAGAAGAAAACUUGAAGAACAUAGUUUCUAGAACCGAAGAGAAGUUGCAGUGGUGGUUCCUUACUGCGCUAUCUGACGUAGAACAGUUGGAGGAAAGUCUUCUGCGUUGUCUCGAGUGUUGUAAGACCCUAAAGUUGAUAGGGAAGGUAGAAAGUUGGUUUGCGGAAGCUUUUGUUGAACCGUUCAUUUUGGAAAGGCUGGAGUCUGUUGAGAGUAUUUCGGAUCGUUUGCCAGUAAUGAAAGACGCAGUGCAGGAGCUGCUUAGAUAUCCUUUUUUGGAAAAUAUGAAACGAACGGAUUCUUUUAUCUAUCGGAAUUUUUCAUUUAUCAAUCACUCUAUUUUGCCAGUGGUAGUUGACUUAUUGAAAAGUAGAAUUGUUCAUUUGGAGAAUAUGCAGGAUCCUCAUCGCUUCUAUAUCCUUUAUAGAGGGAUAGAAGAAAUUUUUGCUCAAUUACAGCAAUUUGAAAAGGUAAUGUAUUCACAAGAUUCCAUUUACAAGACUCCAGAAUAUCGUUUCUUUUGGAAACCUGAACAAUUUCGUACAUAUUUUGAAGCGGUGGAGUUGCAGUUAGCGAAUGAGUUGGAAUUAAGUCUGUCUCAUGGAAGAGGAAUUCAAAAAACUUCAUGCAAGUUUCGUUGUGAGGCAUCGGAAGGACUGAAAGUAUUUUUGGAAGAAUCUUGGUCCGCAAAGAUUUGGAUAUGGCCAAUCACUGGAUUUCUUCUGGAAUGGUCAUUAUUGGGUAUUUCGAGGUAUAGGAAGUAUAUUGAAAACUAUAUUGAUAAGGCCAAAGAUGAUUCUUCGAAUUUACAACCAAAAGAUUUGCUGAAUGUUUUGUUGGAUUUGAAGUGUCUUCCAAGUUGGAUAGAACAUGAAUUUCAGUUGGACGUUCCAAUUUUGCCAAACAGCAAUGUGCAAGAAGUUGUUCAAGAUAUUCUACAGUUGAUUCGAACUUCGGUGAUGAAGUGUAGUGAUAAACAUGUUCAAGUGGAGGAAAUUUUGUGUAAUCUGAUUGUCACCAAGUGCACGGAAAAUUUACAGUCAUUGAGAGGAAUUUUGGCUGCUUAUCGAAUGACUACAAAACCUGUUCCCAAACAUCAUUCUCCUUUUGUUUCCAAUAUUUUACGUCCGUUGAGGGAUGUUCUACAACUCAUUUCAAAAGAAGAGGAUCUGAAGAGCCCAAUCGUUGAUACCGUUUGUCAACAAGUUGUGGAAAGAUAUAUUGCAAUGACUGCGGAGAUUAUUUCUAGCGUUCGAAAAGCUGAGGAUACUUUGAAAAGGUUGAAUCUGGGUCGUUCUUCUUCAGGAAAUAAUAGUGAAAAUGUAUCGGAUUUGGAGAAGAUUCGCCGUCAGUUGGAAUUGGAUGGUAAAAAGCUUACCGAAGAACUCAAACAAAUUGGUUUCUUUGUUUCAGAAGAACAUCUUUUAUCAGGGGCAACUUGAAGAGAAAGAACAAUAGGAUUCAUUUACUAUUUGUUUUUAUGAACCUAACCUAUUUUUGUUGAAGGCAUAUUCAUAAUACCAGAUUAUGAAAAGAAAUCAUUCUCCGAAGGACGUGGCCAUUUUUCUAAAGGUCUCAUUCAUAAGUUAUUUUCUUUGAAGGUUGGUUGGAUAAUAAAAUGAUUUGAAUGGCA